AGAAGGACUACCUAUUUAAGGUUUGCAGGCACGCGCUGCAUGCACACCGUGCUCCCAGCAUUGCGGCAAGGCGCCCAUGUUGUGCACAGUUUCCUCUUCCGAAGACAGGGUCAGACUCACAGGGUCCUUGUUGCGUAAGCAAGCUCCGCAUUGCGCUGCAACCCUCAGCAGCUUAAAGAGUCCUUGGGCCUAGCUGGUGCGGGUUGGAAUAGAGAGGCAGGAAAUUUAGGGAUUAGUGUGUGCUCGUCUGUUGGUCUGCUGCCAAGCGGGCAACAGUUGUCCCACUGUCUUACGCCCGUUCUCAAGUAGAAGGCUCGUCUGAAAUAUAGAAACCUUUCCGGCCAGGCUGCAAGCAAGCUAACAAGCCGAUGGAGACCUCGGUUAAAGUGAGGGAUAACUCAUCAGUUCCUGUGGAAAAGCAGAGUCACAAGGCCAUGAAUGACUAUGGGGCAGAGGCGUCUACCAGCGGGAGGUCUCAAGAGUCUGCUGACUCUGCUGCUGAUGCGUCAGCGGCAAUCACGGUGCAGCGCAUAUUCCGCGGACACAGGGAGAGGCGCCGAUUGGCUGACAUUGCCUUAUUAGAGCAGGAGAAGGGCUGGUCAAGCGUGCUAGACGCGUUGGCUUUACAGCAAAACAACAGUACGGAUGGGGAUGAGACAACCGUGAAGAGGUGGCUCCGGCUCAAGUCAAAGGCUUCAAAGGUUGGGAAGGGACUCGGCGCAGAUGACAAGGCGAGGCUGCUGGGCAUUAAUCACUGGUUGGAAGCGGUCGAUGCACGGCACCGUUACGGCCACAAUCUGCAACUCUACUACCAAGUAUGGCAGAAGAGCGACACUGACCAACCGUUCUUCUACUGGCUGGACGUUGGCGAGGGACAGCACGUGGAGUUGGAGGAGUGCCCCCGGAAGAAGCUGCAGGGCGAGCUCAUCAAGUACCUGACUCCGGUGGAGCGAAUGGCGUACGAGGUGGAGGUGGUCCAUGGGAAGCUGCUCAACCGGCUGAGCCAGGAGCCGAUUCACACCGACAAGGACAAGAAGUGGAUCUUCGUGAUGGACGCGCAUGGAAAGCUGUACAUCUCAGCGAAGCAAAAAGGCCGCUUCCAGCACUCGAGCUUCCUCUCCGGCGCCGCCACCAAAGCCGCCGGCCGGUUACAAUGCGACCACGGGACGCUCAAGCUGAUGGAGGCGCACAGCGGGCAUUACCACCCGACCAAGGAGAACUUCGACGAGUUGCUCCGGAUCCUGACCGAGACCGGCGUCGACCUGAGUCAAGCAAAGAUACAGUACGUAUCAGACGACCUCCUCGGUGCUGAAGCGGGCAGCACAAGCCGCAGGGAAGACCCUAGCAUCACUUUCGUGCUCGAGCCGGGCGCCGCCGACGCAGAAGUAGAGUCGGCCGUUGAAGAUUCUUCCGUGUUCAGCGGCACGAGAAACGAAGAAUGUAGUACAGGCCCAGCUCCUACGAAGGAACGGGCCAAUGGAUCGAAGACUUCACCCGACUCUGUCAUACGCCGUACAUUUUAAGCCGCAAUUUCGGACGAAGAGCUCAGGAGAACUUGAGAAGCACUCCUUAGCUUCAGGAAAACCUUAAAAGCAGAAGGAGGGCAAGAGAAGGGGAGUCUGAUGACCUUCAUUGUUCAUACAUAUUUACAAAAGUUGUGCUUAUGUGUACUCUGUGUUAUGCAGUAAUUAUAGGUUCAGGAC